AUGAGCAGUAAAUUGAUUUUGGACUCGCAAAUGAAAGUUUCGUCCUCGAAGUUCUAUACAUCCGGUGCCGAUAAUGGAAGAAAAGGUUUGCCAUCUAUACCUAAUGUCCGACAUGGUGGUUGGAUAGCAGCAGACCAUGAUAGUGAUCCUUGGUUUCAGGUUGAUUUUAUUGUCAAUGUGACUAUCAGCAUAUUAUAUAUGCAAGGAUUGUCUGGCACGAACCAUAGUGUGACAAAGUACAAAAUUGCCUCUAGCGAUGAUGGCGAAACAUUCUCCGAUUACAAAACAAAUAACCAGCAAACGGCCAAG